AUGGAGUUCAUUAGUCGCCACCUUGCUGCGGUGGAUGGCAUCUACUGGCGGGGCGAUCACACCUUUCAGGCGGCCUCCCGUAUCCGCUCUGCUGAUGGACGGAAGGACUUUGCCGCUGUUUACUCCAUAAUGAAUGAGUGGUCACAGAUCGUUGGACAGUGGGCUGUGGGUGACACGUCGUUCGACCAGUACGCAUGUGGCCUCUCAGAUGUUCUGAAGCGCUACGACGAGCUCGGUUUCCAGCCGCCGGAGUUCAUGUGGGUGGACAACUCACGCUGUGUGGCCAAUCAGCUGCUCAAGGCCAUUCCUAGCUUGUCCAAGGUCUUGGAGGAUGCCACUCACGUUCUGCGUCGCAUCUUCGAACUCAUUCCUGACGCGCACACGAGCAAAGGAAGACGCAAGCUUACCCGGGCAGAGGUCGAUGCGAAACCUCAGAGCUACUGGCGCGCACGUUGCCGGCACAUCAUCCCCCAGCCGGAGGAGCUGGUGGCAGGGGUAGAACCGGUGGUGGCCAAGUACCUCCCGUCAAUUUGUGGCAUCAACCAGGACCCACUCAUCAUGGAGGAGGUCCGGGCUGCUCAUGAGCGGCAAGUACAGCUCAUGCAGGAGGGUUGUUUGAGCGAUCCGCUCCGUGUUGACGCGAUGUACAUCCUGGUCAGCGCCCCCGAUGCGAUGCCGCCGUACAUCGGAAUUCGUGGUUGCUCUUCUCUUGAGGGGUACCACCGCCACCUAAACGCGUUGUUGGGGGGAGGCAACUAUUCCCCCGAGCUGGCUGGGGCCCUCAUCGCUCUAUUUAACUACCGGUAG